AUGGUGGGUUUGGAGUGGGGAGACUAGAGGGUGGGUCUGGGGAGCCCCCUAGAGGGCUCACGAAAUCUCUAGGUGGGAAAACCUUUGCCAGCCAGAGCUCUGAAACCUGUUGUUACCAAGCAUUUAAUUCCUCUUCUUGCUUUUUUUCUCCUAGGAAGAAGCAGGGGAAAAAAAAUUCUCAACAUGGAAAAUGUCCCCCAGGAAAAUGAAGGGAGGGAGCAGGUCCCCGUGCAGAAUGGAGAGGAAGCCCGCCCUUUGGAAGGGGGUGAAGGCCAGGAGCCUGCAGGACAUAUUAGAGGGGAUCGGGCUGUACCUGCACAGGAGUUUAGAGGGGAUGUGCCCAAUAGGCUUGCCAAUAACAUUGAUUUGAUAGAUGGAGAUGCAGAUGAUAUGGAACGGUUUAUGGAGGAGAUGAGAGAGUUAAGGAGGAAAAUUAGGGAGCUGCAGUUGAGGUACAGCCUGCGCAUUCUUAUAGGGGACCCUCCUCACCAUGACCAUCAUGAUGAGUUUUGCCUUAUGCCUUGA